AUGAACCAAAGUACUACAAAACGACUUCAAGGACAGCAAUCAAAGAGUAUUCGUCGUCAUACUCAAUCAACGCGUGUACCAGACGACCGCGAUAACGAUUCCUACUCUUCAACGGAAGAAGCAGAUUCUGUUAUUGCCAGCCGUCUAUUCGGUGAGGCCACUGUUAAUUCAAGAAAGUCACGGACUGUAAACGACAACAUUGGCAAUGAAGACGACAGAAGCAAUGAGAGUCCUCGUUAUAGAACAGGCACAGGGACAGAUUACAAACUGUCCGAGAGGGUAGUCUCGUCACCAGCGCCCUCACGACGUCCAGUAUGGAGAGCUUCGACGUCUUCCAAACAAGACGAUGCGUCUAGCGAUUAUUCUUUUGAUUUGUCUGCAUUAUCACCGCAAACACAAAAUAUCAUUAAUUCGAUAACGCCUAGUCGUGGUAAUACUCCGAAUAGUUCGAGAGAUCACAAAAAACGGUUUGCUGCAGACCGAGCCAUGGUCGAUGAAAUACUGCGAGAAGCUAGAGCUCAGGCUGCCGCACGUGCAAGCACCAAUGCUUCAUUGCCAAUGGAUUCAACUAAUAAUGAUCUCACUAACGGCACAGGGAUUACCAUUGAUACAACUGCAUCGCGUCUUAAAAAGGAACAGAGAUAUAUUGCGAGGUCUCCUACUUCACCACGUUCGACUCGAAAGCGAGCUGUCCUACGUAGAACAAAUGCAAAGUUGUUUCCAGUCCAUUCAUCUCCACAGUCGUCUAGUAGUGCUAAACAUGCAAUGGACCCCCCAGAAGUUAAUGGCAAAACACCUUCAAGUAAUAUCGAGACUGUCGAAACUGGUGAACUUGACGAAAUUGAGGCACAGUUCCAAGAAACUUUAACUACGUACACAAAAAGAUUUCAGAAUUCUACUGUAGCGUUGCAAGAACAGUCUAAUCUUAUGAGAAGAAAUCAGGAUUUAUUGCAUCUCGUUGCUGCAAAGGAGGAAGAAAUUGAAAAUUUAAAGAAUAAAUUAUUUGAGUCUACCAAGAAGCUAGACUCUUACGAGGUUGAUUUAAAGGAUGCCAUUGCAUUUCAGCUUGAACCUCUUGCUUUAUCAGCAGAGGAUUUGAUUCGAAUAGAGAGAGAACUUGAGAAUCAAGAUGUUGCAAUACGCAAUUACCGAGCUGAGAAUGACAAACUUAAUGUACAAAUAAAAGAAUUGAAGAACCAACUAUCAAAUGUUGAUAAAGAAAACGAAAAGUACUCUGCAAAAACGUCGGAAUUAAUGCGAGAACUAGACCAUUUGAGAGCAAUAAUAUUAUAUGACAAGGAGAACAAAGACCAUUUUUCAGAGGGAGUCCUACAACAGAUGGAAGAAAUGAAUAAGGAAAUAAGCAGACUGAAACAGAUAGAGAAAGAAUAUGAGAAAGAGAAGGCCAAAGAGCAAGCGAAAGAGCAAGAUAAUGAGCAAGAUAAUGAGCAAGAUAAAGAGCAGGGCAAUGAGGAGGAGAAAGAACACGAGAAAGAACAUGAGAAAGAACAGGAAAGAGAGCAGCAGAGAGAGCAAGAGAAAGAAAAAGAGAUACUGAUAUCACCUAUGAUGCCAAUGUUACCACCGACGGGUAUAAUGCACGAGUUAGAAACUAAGCAAAAUAUAAUUGAGGAGCUAGUUGAGAAAUUAAAAAGAAAGGAAGAACAGUUAGAAUAUUAUCAAAAUCAAUACCUUGCCAAGACCGAAGAAUUAGAACAAUAUAUAGAGCAGGGGGGUGUACCAUCUAAUGCGACGCAGAAUGGAGGUGGUGGAAGUGAUGGACAUAUUACGAAAACUCCCAAUGCCGUUGGAGGGAAGGCUGGUGGAAGUACUGGUGUUGGAGGCGGUGUUAACGGUGCUAAGGCUAUUAAAUACCUCAAUGACAAUAUACAAUUAGAUGAUGAGAUUGAAGAUUUAUCAUCUCUUCCAAUUACGAGUGAUUUAUUGGCGUCUGGUAUAUUUGAUGCAUUGGGUGGUGAUGGUGCGUUUACAGCUAUUGAGAGACUCAUAGCAUCCCUUGAGAGAACUAUAAUGGAAAGAGACGUGCAAUUGAGCACUGCUCAUCAGCGUGCAGAGGAAGCAGAAAGAAAAUUAGUAAAUUUAUCGCGGGAGAAGAUGUCAUGGGGAAGUGGAUUUGACGGACGAAUAAAAAAUCUGAAGAACAAAAUACAGCAGAUGGAAGAACUAAUACAGAUGGAAAGGAAAGCUGCGCGUAAAUCAUUAAGUAGUCAAGCAAGUCAAGCGGACAAUGACCGCACGAGAGAGAGUAUUGCCCAUUCCGAUAGCAAACAACAAGAAUUGAGUAACCAAUCGCUGCUUCAGCAACUGGAAUUGAUGUCACGGCAGAUAACGACCAUGGGAGAAAAGUUCAAGAAAAGAGAACAAGACUUGCAGAAAAUGAUAUCUGAUAUGGACAAACGUUCGAAGGUGCAACUCGAAAUGGUCAAGAAGAGGUGUCUGACCAUAAUUGGGAAGAAAAACGAUAAAUUGGAGAUCAUUAAGAGCGAAUUAGAUAGUUUAAUGGAGGCUGCUGGACCAGUAGGAAAUAUUAAAGGUGAUUAG